AUGCAUCGUCCAAGUAUGGCUCAUCGUGCUAGUAUAUCUCUUAUUGUAAUUGAUUAUCCAUGGGCAAAAACAAAAGAAGAUGUUUUAGCAUUUUAUAACACUGAUGAAACAAAAGGAUUAUCAGAAGAAAGAGUUAAAAGAGAUUUAGAACGAUAUGGACCAAAUGAAUUACCAGCCGAAGUGGGAAAACCGUUAUGGAAAUUAAUUUUAGAACAAUUCGAUGAUCUUCUAGUCAAAAUUUUACUGGCAGCUGCCUGUAUUUCAUUUGUAUUAGCUUUAUUUGAAGAACAUAAAGAAGGAGAGAGCAUAUUGACUGCAUUUAUUGAACCACUUGUUAUUCUUCUUAUUUUGAUAGCAAAUGCAACUGUCGGCGUAUGGCAGGAGCGUAAUGCUGAAAGUGCCAUAGAAGCAUUAAAAGAAUAUGAACCAGAAGUAGCCAAAGUUAUAAGGCAAAAUAGGCCAGGACAUAUUCAAAUUAUUAAAGCAAAAGAAUUAGUACCGGGUGAUAUUGUUGAAGUAGCUGUUGGCGAUAAAGUACCGGCUGACAUUCGAAUAACAACAAUUCAUUCAACAACAGUGAGAAUUGAUCAAGCUUUGUUAACGGGUGAAUCAGUAUCAGUUAUUAAACACAUUGAGCCUAUUCUGGAUCCAAGAGCAGUCAAUCAAGACAAAAGAAAUAUUUUGUUUUCGGGUACAAAUAUUGCUAGUGGAAAAUGUCGUGGAAUUGUUAUUGGUACUGGUUUGAAUACGGAAAUCGGCAAAAUUCGCUCGGAAAUGGCGGAAUCAGAAGAAGAAAAAACACCAUUACAACAGAAAUUAGAUGAAUUUGGUGAACAGUUAUCAAAAGUGAUCUCAAUAAUUUGCGUAGCUGUAUGGGCAAUCAAUAUCGGCCAUUUUAAUGAUCCCGUUCAUGGGGGAUCAUGGUUAAGAGGAGCAAUUUAUUAUUUCAAAAUUGCUGUAGCUUUAGCUGUAGCAGCUAUACCCGAAGGAUUACCAGCUGUUAUAACAACAUGCUUAGCAUUAGGUACACGUCGUAUGGCGAAAAAGAAUGCAAUCGUUCGCUCUUUACCAUCGGUUGAAACAUUGGGUUGCACAUCGGUCAUAUGCUCAGAUAAAACUGGAACAUUAACAACAAAUCAAAUGUCUGUUUGCAAAAUGUUUGUGUUUAAUAAAGCAGAAGGCAAUGAUAUCCAAAUAGAACAAUUUGAAAUAAACGGAUCCACCUAUGAACCAAGAGGGGAUAUUCAAUUGAAUGGGAAGAAGUUUAAUUGUGCUGAUCGUGGUGGACUCGUUGAAUUAGCAGAAUGCGCAGCAUUAUGUAAUGAUUCAGCCUUAGACUACAAUGAUGGUAAAAAGAUCUAUGAGAAAGUUGGUGAAGCAACUGAAACAGCGUUAACUGUAUUAGUCGAAAAAAUGAAUGUUUUCAGUACGGAUAAAUCUUCUUUAACUCCACAAGAAUUGGCGAUGGCGUCAAAUAUGGUUAUUCGCCAGAAAUAUCACAAAGACUUUACACUCGAAUUUUCUCGUGAUCGAAAAUCAAUGUCUGUUUAUGUAAUACCAACAUCUAAAUCUGGUAGUGGAGCCAAAAUGUUUGUUAAAGGUGCUCCUGAAUCGGUUAUUGAGCGUUGCACGCAUGUUCGAGCUGGCACUAACACAUUACCAAUGACUCCGGCAAUCAAACAAGAGAUAAUGAAAUUAGUUAAAUUAUAUGGAACUGGUCGAGAUACUUUGAGAUGUUUAGCGUUAGGCACAAUUGAUUCACCACCGAAAAAAGAGGAGAUGGAUCUAGAAGACGCAAAAAAAUUUAUUAACUAUGAAACUAAUAUCACAUUUGUUGGUGUUGUUGGUAUGUUAGAUCCACCUCGUGCAGAAGUUGUUGAUGCCAUUGAGCGUUGUCGUAAUGCUGGUAUUCGAGUCAUAAUGAUUACGGGUGAUAAUAAGAAUACAGCGGAAGCUAUUUGUAGAAGAAUUGGAAUAUUCAAAGAAGAUCAAGAUACAACUGGACUAGCAUUUAGUGGUCGUGAGUUUGAUGACUUAAAUAUUGAAGAACAAAGUGAGGCUGUUCGUCGUGCGAAAAUGUUUGCUCGUGUUAAUCCCGCUCACAAAUCAAAAAUUGUCGAAUAUUUACAAUCACAUGGAGAAAUAACAGCUAUGACGGGCGACGGUGUCAAUGAUGCACCUGCAUUGAAAAAAGCCGAAAUUGGUAUUGCCAUGGGUUCGGGUACGGCUGUGGCGAAAUCAGCAGCCGAAAUGGUUUUGGCUGAUGAUAACUUUUCGUCAAUUGUGGCAGCAGUUGAAGAAGGACGGGCGAUCUAUAAUAAUAUGAAACAAUUUAUCCGUUAUCUAAUAUCAUCAAAUAUUGGAGAAGUUGUUUGUAUUUUUUUGACAGCUGCAUUGGGUUUACCAGAAUCAUUGAUUCCUGUUCAGUUGUUAUGGGUUAAUUUAGUUACUGAUGGUUUACCAGCCACGGCACUCGGUUUCAAUCCACCCGAUAUAGAUAUUAUGCAACGACCACCGAGAAAUGGAAGAGAAGCGCUCAUUACACCAUGGCUAUUCUUUCGAUACAUGGCUAUUGGAAGUAAGUUACACAUUCAAUAUUGAUUAGAGUGGAUUGAAGGUGUAUACCAUCUAUAGUGAACAGUAUGAUACGAUAUAUCUUUUUAGCUUAUUUUAGCUUUUAUUUUAGCAUGCAUGGAUUGACUAGUAGCCACUUUCUUAGAUUUCUCUUUUAAAGUUUCUCUAAGUGGAGGAGGAAGGCACAUUCAGCAAGUUGAGAAAUGAUGAAAAUAGUACUCGAAAGAAAUUUCUAGUAAUUUAUGUUACCAUAGAGAGAGAAACCUCUGUAGAAUGCUGAUAUCUGUGAACAUGCAUUUUGACUUUAUUUUUUACUAGCCUAUGUCGGUUAUGCUGUUGUUGCUUCGGCUACAUGGUGGAGUAUGGAUGCAUCGAACGGUCCAAAAUUAACUUACUGGCAACUGGUAAACAUAUCAUACUGAUCUAUCUCUGUUCUUUUCUAGACUUUUUGAAAUGUACAAAUGCACAUUAACCUGCGUUCAUUUAGCUAAUAUUUUUCACUUUCGUAUAAGGUUAUAAUCACCAACAUAGAGUGUCAUUUGUCAUUUCACUGAAGUCAUUUCAGUAUGAUGAUUUAUUUUUAUUUUAACAUUGAUUUUAAUUAAUCCUGUGUGUUUUUUCUUUUUCUUUCUCGUUUGAAGCCUACGUCGGUUUUGCCACGGUCGGCUCAUCAUGCUGGUAAAUAACAAAAAAGUUCUGCGAAGUCAGUCUAUAAAUACUCCAGAAACCUUUGCAUUUUAGGUGGUAUGUUUCAUACCACGAUGGACCAUUACUGACUUGGUCUCAGUUGGUGAGAUAGAGAAGGAUGCUGUAUUUAGCCUUCAUAAAUAAGUCUGCACUUAUUUAUACGAAUAUUUGUAUUGCAAGAGAGAGAAAACUCUCUCUCGUGCAAAUAAUAGCAUACUCUCAUUUUCAUGGUGUUAAAAAAGAUAAAUAUGUUUAACAUGCAGUUGGUUUGAUUUUGUAACCUAACUAAGACCUCAUAUACGCCUACCGCAACGCACUAACUGAGAAAUACACAUGCUUGUAAAUCAAAAGCACUGUGAAUCGAGGAGAAAAUAUCUGCACCCUGGGUAGUUUUGUUUCUGAUUUACUAAUAUUGAAGUCCAGAAUUUAACGCUA